AUGCCACCGAGAAAGAGGCACUCCAAGAAGCACAACGACGGAGAUAAAGUCGACACGGACAAGGGCAAGGGAAAGGACGAGGGCUCGGGAGUCCCCCGCAUCCUCGUGCCGGACGAGACGUCAUCCUCGGGCCCUCCGUCUGGCGAUACCUCGGCCGCAUCGAGUACCCUCCACACGCCGAUGGGGACGCCGUUUCCUGUUACGGGAGAGGGGCAACCGCAAUCCCGUAACUUGAGGCAGCGGUUUGCGGAGAUGACCCGCGAUAUUGGCAAGGCUGGGGAGGAGCUGAGUGUGAGGAUUCGGCGGAAGGCCGACGGCAACUUUAAAGUCGUUGCACCUGGAACACCUUACGACGAGAUAGAGUUACACGACAUAGACCAUCCGAGCCACAAGAAGCACCACGCGGGCCACCAAGAGAAGCAAGCGGGUUGGAAGAAGUGGUUUGUGGGACGGAGAGUACUGUUCCCACUCGCGUUCCUUCUCGGCAUGGCCGCUGUGUGGACAGCCACCCAGCCUGACCUGUUGGGCGGCGAGAUGACGGAUCUGUGGCCCAUGCUGCAGAGCGACAUGAGUAACUUUCUCGGCAACAUGUCGAUGCUGGAUUCCGCCAAAAAGGCCAUCUUCGAAACGCGUGAUUUUACUGUGGGCGACUCACUCCACCAAGAGCUCGGACUCGCAGCCAAGCACCCCGUGAUUAUGAUGCCCGGCGUUGUGACGUCGGGGCUGGAGAGUUGGAGCACGGAUCCGAUUGCUCGCUCGUGGUUCCGCUUACGGCUGUGGGGCACGAGCACGAUGAUCCGCGCCGUCCUGACGGACAAGGAGCGGUGGGUCGAAGCGAUGGCGAUCGACCUUGAGACUGGCCUCGACCCACCUGGUCACCGCGUGCGCGCGGCUCAGGGGCUGGACGCGGCGAGCGAGUUCAUCCAGGGAUACUGGGUGUGGCAGAAGGUUGUACAGAACCUGGCUACGAUCGGGUACGACCCAAGCAACAUGGACCUAGCGGCGUACGACUGGCGCGUCGCCUUUUACAACCUCGAGGUGCGGGACGCGUACCUCUCCCGGCUCAAGGACCGGAUUGAGCUCAUGCACAAACUCUCAGGGGAGAAAGUCGUGCUCGUGUCGCAUAGCAUGGGCGGCUCCCUUAUGCUCUACUUCCUCAAGUGGGUCGAGGCCAAGCCGGACGCGCUCGGGUUUGGCGGUGGUGGCGGACCCCGUUGGGUUGAAGAUCACCUCGAAGCCUGGGUCAACGUUGCCGGCACGUUACUCGGCGUGCCCAAGGCCAUGACCGCGUUCAUGAGCGGCGAGAUGCGCGACACAGUCGAGAUCAACCCCCUCGGUUCGUACGUGCUGGAAAAGUUCUUCUGCCGCAAGGAACGCGCCGACCUGUUCCGCCGCUGGCCGGGCGCGAGCUCGAUGUACAUGAAGGGCGGCGAGCGGAUCUGGGGUGAUUUGGACGGAGCGCCAGACGACCCAGCCAAUGCCACCGACACGUACGGCCGUUUCUUCUCGUUCCGCGAAACCGCGUCUACCAGCGAAAAGGACAUGAACCGCUCAACAAUAUACCCCAACCUCACAGCUGAGGAGACGGUGCCCUACAUUCUCGAGCACACGAGCGACACGUACCAGCGAAUGUUUGAGAGCAACUACAGUGUGGGCUUUGAGACGGACCCGAGGCAGCUGCGCAAAAACGCCAAGGACCACUCAAAAUGGAGCAACCCUCUCGAGGUCGAGCUCCCACAGGCGCCGAGUAUGAAGAUUUACUGUCUAUAUGGACAUGGCAAGGAGACCGAGCGCGCGUACUGGUAUGUCAAGGGCGAGUACGAGGAGGGUGAGGGUCGCGACGCGCCGGAUUCACAGUGCGAUGUGGGUGAUUCCGGGUGCGAACGCACGCCCGGAGACUUUCCCCUCGCGCGCAACCACCGCAUUGACAACGACGUGACUGUCAAGGGUACGCGGCCCGAGGUGCGGUCUGGUGUCAAAUUUAGCGACGGCGACGGAACGAUUGCAACAGCGAGCCUCGGCGCCAUGUGUGUCCGCGGGUGGAAAGGCAAGACCAAGUGGAACCCGGCUGGCGUGAAGCCGGAGGCGCUGGAUUUGCGCGGCGGCGCGCUGACUAGCGACCAUGUGGACAUUCUCGGCAGUUCGCCGCUGAACGAGGCGAUCCUGAAGAUUGUGGGCGGGCGGGGCGAUCUUGUGAAACCGCACAUUGGGAGUGACAUUGAGCGCUAUGUCGAGAAGAUGAAGUGGGACUAG